GGAUAAUAUUGUUCGUGAAAAAUAUGCCAAGUUGUUUCGGCCAUGUUGAAUUUUCUUGUUUUGACAGAGUAAGGACUAAAGAAUAUUAGUAGUGUUGCCGUACAAAUAAAAAAAGGAACAACUCCUAUUUAUGGAUAAUUAGACUGUCUUGUAAUUUGAUAAUCUCAGCUUUAAUUACAAGUAUCGUAUGUCGAAGGAAAAAUAUUUAUUGAUUCAUUAAUCGGUUAUCCAAGCGGAAAGUUGAUUUUGUUUGGAAAACUGUCCAUUGUAUUCUCCCCUAUACACACAAACAGAUACACAUACAUAUAUUGGAUAACUUGGAAUACACACAUGAUAUUUUAUACAACUUCGGUCAUUUUUAUUCAAUUAUCCUGUAUUUAUUCACAAACUUAUGAAUCUACUCAGCUGAUAAUCGGUGCUUUAAUUAAGAAAGACGAUGUAGCUCAAGAAAUAUGUUUCAAAAAAAGUAUACAAGCAGCCAACAAACUGUUACAACAACAUGAUUCAACAAAUCAUCGAUUUCAAUUGAUACCAAUCAUAGAGACAAUUGAUGGAGAUGAUAGUUUUGAAGCGACGCGUAAAGCUUGUCAGUUGACUGAACGUCAAGUUAUCGCAAUUUAUGGCCCGUCUACACCAUAUGCAUCGUCAGCUGUACAAGCUUUGUGCAAUCAAUUCGGUAUACCACAUUUACAAAUUGACUGGGGUUACCAUCAAACGUCUCGUGGCUAUGCAUUAAAUAUACAUCCACAUUAUUUAGCAUUUGGACAAGCAUUAUAUGAUUAUGUUCAGAAAGCAGAGUAUUGGGAUACAGUUGCUGUAAUUUAUUCUAGAGAAGAAAGUUUAUUAAAAUUUGACUAUCUGUUGAGAACAUUCGAUCAACCAGUGAUGCUUCGUAAAUGGGAUUUAUCGAAUGAUAAUCAAAAAUAUGUCAUUAAACAAUUUAAAAUUACUCAAACACAUUUCCGUUUUAUUGUGGAUAUACCGUUUUGGGAGAUUCAAGAAUUUCUAGCACUUGCAAACUCAUACAAUAUGACGUCACAAUAUUAUAGUUACGUGUUUACUGAUUGGGAUGUUCAAUUGGUUGAUCCAAAAGCGUUUGAGUCCGUUCAAGGAGCUAAUAUUACAACAUUCACUAUCUUACAUCCGAUGAAUGAAGAUUCUGGUUACGGGGUUGCUGCAUUACUUGACGAUAUACGUGUAACCGCUUUACAAGAUAAACGUUUCACACGUAGUUCAACGUCACGACGUAUAAGUCCUACACACUCUGCACUUUUAUAUGAUGGUUUAAGUUUAUUAGCAAUGGGUGUUUUGUCAUCCUCCCGGUCGACAAAUAUUCUACCACCAGUUGGUCUCUCAUGUUCAGUUAAUCGAGUGUGGAAUCCAGGAUUAACGCUGAUCAAUGAUAUAAAAGCUGUUCAUCCAACUACUUUUCGUGGUCUUACUGGACCAUUUCAAUUCGAUGGACACGGUUGGCGUUCUAAUGCUCAUAUGAUUAUUUUGGAAUUAGGUCGAAAUGGUUUUCAAGAGUACGGCUAUUGGAAUAUGGACAAGGGAUUAGUGGUUACUAAAAAUUUCAGCCUAACUAAGCAAGAAUAUCAGUCUGAAUUGAAAGGAAAGGUUCUACGAAUCACCACACAAGAAGAGAAACCUUAUAUGAUGUACAAAGGCAAAACAUUACCUGGUCAGCCGAAAUCAACAGAUCCCAAGGAUUGGGAAGGUUUUUGUAUUAGUUUACUAAAUUACAUCAGUGAAGAUUUACAGUUCACUUAUACAAUUAAUUUAGUACCAGAUUCAACAUAUGGCAAUAUGAAAAUUGUAGAUGGAGUAGAAACAUGGGAUGGAAUGGUACAAGAGUUACGAACUCGCCGUGCAGAUCUAGCUGUUGGAUCAUUCACAAUCACUUAUGAUCGUGAACGUGUUAUUGAUUUUACAACACCAUUUAUGUAUUUGGGCAUUAGUAUUAUUUAUAAACGUCCUGAAGAUAAAGAAUCACAUUUAUUUUCUUUUUUAACACCACUGUCACCACCAGUAUGGGGCUAUAUUUUAGCUGCACUUAUAAUGGUCAGUUUAGUGUUAUUUGUUGUGGCUAGAUUUAGCCCAUAUGAAUGGAAAGUAAAACAUCCAUGUAAUGUGGACUCUGAUGUUGUGGAAAAUAAUUUCAACGUAUCCAAUAGUCUUUGGUUUACAUUUGGUUCAUUAAUGCAAAAAGGCUCAGAUAUUUUACCUCAUGCUACAUCUACUCGUAUCAUUGCUGGUUUUUGGUGGUUUUUCACCCUUAUUGUCAUAUCAUCAUACACAGCUAAUUUAGCUGCAUUUCUGACAGUUGCACGAAUGGUUGCCCCGAUUGAAAAUGCUGAAGAUUUAGCUAAACAGACAAAAAUCAAAUAUGGUUCCAUACAAGGUGGUUCAACAACAGCGUUUUUUGAGGAAUCAAAUUUUUCCACUUAUAAACGUAUGUGGCAAUUUAUGAGUUCUCAGAAAGGUUUAUUAAUGAAUAAUACAGUUGAAGCAAUAAAACGUGUCAAACGAGAAGAAUACGCUUUCUUACUUGAAUCAACAAUGAAUGAAUAUUAUACUCAACGUGAUUGUGAACUAAUGCAAGUUGGUGGACUUCUAGAUUCCAAAGGUUAUGGUAUUGGAUUACCAGAAGGAUCGAAAUACAGAGAUCCCAUUUCUGAAACGAUAUUAAAAUUGCAGAAAUCUCAAGUAUUAGAACAACUGAAAUUUUAUUGGUGGAGAAAACAUGACAUUGAAAAACCAUGUGAUACAUCUCCGACAAAAAGUUCUGAUGCAAAUUCAUUAGGUGUCGAAAAAGUUGGUGGUUGUUUUGUCAUGUUACUUAUCGGCAUGGUUGUUUCAUUGCUAGUUGGGUUAUUAGAAUUUAUAUGCAAUGCGUAUCGUCGAGUAGCUAGUAAAAAGCAUAGUUUACAUGAAGAAAUUGCUCGAGAUUUUCGUUUCUCAAUGGCUUGUUCCAGUGUACGUAGUCAGGCCGCUGAAGAUGCUAUGCAACUACCACCACCACCCUCACUGAAUUGUUUGUCCAGUGAUGAUGGCGAACAGAAACAAUCAUUUUCAGCUUCGUUAGCCUAUGCACCUUGUUUACCAGCACCAGUUUCAAUGCCUGUAAUGAAUGAAAAUCAUAUUGACAAGGAAGUUUUACAGUCAAUAAAUCAGCCACAAUUACCUCGUGGAAUGCUAACAGAAUCUAAACAUACUCCAGUGGUAGGGGAUAAUGAAAGAAAAGCUACGCCAUCUAUAUCAUACGCGCGCACACAAGAUUAUAACUGUCAAACUAUAGAGUUUCCAAAAGUCUGUUCUGAUUCACGUCUUGUAGAACAAAAUACUCUGGAUGACACUGAUGCAAGCCGUGAUUUAAUAGUGCAACCUCAACGGGACCGGACACAUCUUCCUUAUUUUAAUCCUAAUGAUUCGGAAUAUCCUCAACGUCAGCCUAUUAUACGUUCUUCUUAUUUAACCGAACAAAUAGACUCAUUUGACAGAGAGCCAGUUACAGAAGAAUGGCGUAUUGGUCCAGCUCCAAUAUUAACUAGUACAUCACCAAAUGUAGGUUUUCGCCUUGGGCAUACCACAAUUCAAACUGGUUCAGGGGAACAGGAAUCAAGAACUUCAACUAACUGGUCAGGACCUGGGAAAACGCAUACUGGCAGUCAACAUGAUGUACAACUUAAGAAAGUCUCAUGUUAAUUUUAGGAAACAUGAAUAUAAGUAUCAGUGUAUUACAAAAUGAUAAACAACACACUUGUAACAUCUUCACAACUUUUUAUCAAAAUAACUAAGCUAUCAAUUCCUUUGCAUACAGUAUAAAAUAUGAGUAAAAAUUAUACGUAGGAAAAUAUUCAGCUUUAGUUGACAAUUUUUGAACUUCAAGUUUUUGUGUUUAUUACUCUCUUUGCUAAAAUAACACAUAAAUAACACAUCAAUCAACAUAACUGAAUAAUUCGAGUGCCGUUGAAGUAAAAUUAGUUUUUAAGAUAAAUGAAAUUAGUGAAAGUACUCUCUAUUAUUAUACUGGGGAACAUAGAUCUGAUUUAUUAUUACUCAUUGUUCAAUACUACUUCCUUUUCAUUUCUACAAGUAGAAUGAUUUACAAAUAAAUUCAGUAUUAUGUGUCAAUCAAAGCGGCAACAAUGGCAAUCUGGUUUUUCUUUUUCAUCCAUUUUUUUUUACACAACAAGUUUUGUAAUCAAUAACAAAGAUGGCUAUUGUCACAACAAUACUAAUCAUUAGUUUUAUUGUUACUAAUAGUUUUCGGUUUUAUAAGAAAAACUGGUCAAAAUAACAAAAUUGUUAUUGUGCUUUGAACAGUCACCCCUCAUUGCCACAUGGUGUGCAUAAAAUAGUUUAGCAUUUUCAAAAAAACACAGUAAUUCCAUAAACUAUAUAACCAGUUCUAUUAACAGUUGGCAUAAUUGAUGUAAAAUCUCUUCUUAAAAUAAAUGCAACUUUUUUUGUUUUACACUUACUGUUUUAUUUCUCAUCGCUUCUCUACAA